CCUCUCGCGGUCGCGUCCCCCGGCGACCCUCUCCGGCGACGCUCCGCCGAUCGUUUGCGGCCCCACCGCUCCUCGCGACCAGAUCGGAGGCCACCCCAUCCUCCUUGCUCCCUCUCUCGGGCCUCGGCAGAUCUACGUGGGCGCCCUACCCCACGGUCCUCCGUAACCAUGCAUAAGCUUGGGAGAGGAAGCCGUGAAAAGGUGCAGCAGUUCAUGGCCAUAACUGGCGCAAGUGAGAAGGUUGCCCUUCAGGCACUGAAAGCUAGCGAUUGGCACUUGGAAGGAGCUUUUGAUUAUUUCUAUAGCCAACCACAGGUUUCCGUGGCCAAUUCUCGGCAUCUUGAAGAUCUUUACAACAGAUACAAAGAGCGUGAUGCUGAUAUGAUCAUGGUGGAGGGCACAUCUCAACUUUGCAACGACCUGUUGGUGGAUCCUCAGGAUGUUGUCAUGCUUGUCAUAUCAUGGCACAUGAAAGCUGCCACAAUGUGUGAAUUUACUCGCCAGGAAUUCUUUGAUGGGCUGCAGUCAAUUGGGGUAGAUUCAAUUGAGAAGCUCCGUGAGAAACUACCAUCAUUGCGAGCUGAGAUAAAAGAUGAUCAUAAGUUCCGUGAGAUAUACAACUUUGCAUUUGCUUGGGCUAGGGAAAAGGGUCAAAAAUCUCUUGCAUUGGAGACAGCUAUUGGAAUGUGGAGGUUGCUGUUUGAUGGAAGGCACUGGCCUCUUAUUGAUCACUGGUGUCAGUUCUUACAGGUCAAGCACAAUAAAGCCAUCUCUAGAGACACUUGGUCUCAGCUGUUGGAAUUUGUCAAGACAAUUGAUCCACAGCUAACCAAUUACGAUGAAGAAGGCGCUUGGCCCUACCUGAUAGAUGAAUUUGUGGAAUACCUAACCGAGAAUGGAUGCGUUCAGCGUAGAAAGUGAACUGGAGGCUGCAUUCUCACUUCAUCGGAUAUCAUGAUUGGGCUGUACAAACUUGGUCUAUACAAUGUUUGGCAUUUUUGUGCAAUCGAUCGCAAAGUUGUCAUUGCCAUUGCUUGAAGGAACCUACUCAUGAAGGGGAACAUGAUUUCGUUUUGGGAAGCGACGGCUGUGGUUGGAAACUAUCCCUCUGGUUUGUAUUUGUGCUAUCCCUAUCUGCUACGGAAAUUCUCUUUUAACAGUUAUUGGCUCAGUACUGAAUGGUGAUGGAUCGUGGUAGUGUUGGGUCCUUGGUCUUUCUGUUGGACCGUUGGUUGUACCAGAUGAGACCUCCUGAUUGUUAUUAUGGGAUAAUGUGAAUUUGUGACGUGGUAGUGGUAUCUAUCGGUCUGUGGUCCAUUGGUAGAA